CUAUACUCGUAUAAAAGGACAACUAAGUCCAUGCCCUCUCUCCAGCAUCACAAUGUCUGCCCCAGAAACCAAAUUCGCACCUACCCAAUCCUCCUCUGUCCUCGGCGGACAGAUUGUCGGUCGCACCCCUCGCGAGGCUGCUCCUCCUGCUGCCUUGAAGCUUCGUCUUGACCUUAACCUCGAGGUUGAGAUCGCCAUCCAGGCCAAGGUCAAUGGUGACAUCACUUUGUCGCUCCUUGAGUAAAUGUGCUACGCGCAUAACUAUUAGGGAGGGGUGGGCGUGCAGUCGUCCGUUCGAGACCUAGUCCUUGGUUGACAAUGUAUUAGUGUCUGUAGAUACCAAUGUCAGUGU